UACAACAUCAAGUCUGUGGGCUAAUUGACCGUGUUUAUAGGAUUUCAGCCAAACAUCUCUUGGAUCUUUCAGAAUCUGAGUAUUUUAAUAACAGUAAGCCUUGAAGUCAUCAUAUUAAUUGGUGUUACAGUAUAAAGCAGAGGUGAAAUCAGUAUUGAUCUGGACUGAUUUCAGAUCAUUGAACUAAUCCAGGACACAAGUGUGGUACACACCCUUUCUAAGGAAACAAUGGAGAAUUCCAGUGAAAUAGUAUUUGUGUUGCAAGGACUGAAUGAAACAAGGACAAACAAACAUAUCUACUUUGUUGUGACUCUUCUCGGUUACCUUUUCACUAUUUUUGUGAACUUGACUUUGAUUGUGACAAUUAUUUUGGAGAAAAUGCUCCAUGAGCCAAUGUUUAUAUUUCUGUGUAGUUUGUGUAUAAAUGGGUUAGUAGGGGCUUCUUCUUUUUAUCCUAAAUUGUUGCUCGACCUUCUAUCUGACGUGCACGUCAUUUCGUAUGCCGCAUGCAUGAUUCAGUUAUUUAUAGGCUACAGUUACGUCUUCUGCGAAUUCACUAUGUUAACAGUGAUGGCUUAUGACAGAUAUGUCGCAAUAUGCAAGCCGCUGAAUUACCACUCCAUCAUCACGCCUCGGACGGUGGUGAAAUUGUUGAUUUUAACUUGGCUGUUUUCCCUCUGUGAAUCAAUUAUUGGGUUGAACCUGACACUCAGACUCCCCCUCUGUGGAUUCCACAUCGAGAAGCUUUACUGCACAAACUGGCCAGUGGUAAAGCUGUCGUGCGUGGACACCACUAUCAACAACAUUUACGGGUACAUUCUGACGUUUUCUCACGUUUCACAAGCAGUGCUGAUCUUGAUUUCCUAUGUUAAUAUUAUUAAAGCGUCUAUACGAUCCCCGGCAGAUCGAAAUAAGUUCAUGCAGACCUGUUUGCCACAUUUAAUCAGCCUGACCAACUUCACAAUCACACUCGUUUUUGAUGUCAUGUACGAUCGCUACGGUUCCAGCAGUCGGUUGCAGAAUUUCCGCACUUUCCUGGCGCUGGAGUACCUCAUUGUUCCACCACUGCUAAAUCCUCUCAUUUAUGGCUUGAAAAUGAACCAGAUCCGCCGGCGAAUAUUUAGAAUUUUCCGCUUUAGAGUUUCCGCUUUGAAAUGAAUACCCGUGGCUUUAUAAUCACAGAUGUCAGGAAAACGUGACUUAAUUUUGAAAGCAGUAACUGGUGCAUGGAUUGAUUGGUGGAUCAAGGAAUUGACUGCUGUUAGUGUCCAGGAUUCAUAUUUCUUUUGACUUCGCAAUGUUUUUUAUUUUUUGUUUUUGUUUGUUUUUGCACCCAGGAAAAAAUACUCUGGCUAGUUUUCAAAUUGUUGAGUUGCAUCCUGUUAGAUGUUGCACAUGGCAUUUUCAUUGAUAUUCCUUUCUAUAUUUGAACUAUAUGAUUUAAUGCAAUGUACUGGAGUUAGAGUGCCUUAAUAUUGUCUCUCUGGCACGUAUCUCACCACUACUAUAUUUAUAAAAUUGGAUCGUACCAGGAAAGCAGUAAAGUACAGAGAGUUUGAGAUCUCUCGCAUAUUAACUCUGUCAUAGUGUAUCAAAUGAGAUCUCUGUGUCACUGUUCGACAGAACAACGGGAGGGGGCAUUAGAGGUAUAGGUGACAUCCCGAGAGGUAAAUCAGUUUCUGAGCCUUAGUCGAGAGAUAUAAUUGUGCAGCAAGCAGAUCAAUAUGAUCA